AUGCGGCACAGGAACGAGCGGUACGCCUUCGCGGGCGAGUUGGUAUUCAUGGACAAGCAGACUACCAUACCGUUCCUUGGGGCACUCAAACCACGUCAGGUUCAGGAGAUGCGGGGGGAGGCCAAGGGUCUCGGCAGUACGAUGGGCAAGAAGCCGUUCCAGCAGCCGCCCCAGCGUCAUCGUCAGGACCAUUGCGGCGGUGGAGGCCUCGGUGGCGUGAUGGCCAACUUCAACAAUGUCAUGGAGGACAUCCAGAGCGUCGGCGAGAUGGCUUCCCUGGCGACGCAGAAGGCGCAGGCCAAGCAGGCGCGCGAAAGCGCUGCUGAGCAAGGCCCUGCCAAGGAGCUGGCCCAGGCGCUGGCGGCCGUGGUUCGUCCUGCGGCCGCGGCGGCGCCGAACGACAGCCGGUUGGAGGGCACGGUGGAGCGCCUGGCGGAGUUCGCGCUGCCUGGCUCGGGGGCGUCUGGCUCUGCUGGCAUCGACGUCCCCGAGGUCAAGCGCUUGCGUGCCGAUCUUGAUGCGUUGACCAGCCGCGUGGACGCCCAGUCCAAAGCCAUCUCCGAGAUCAAGGCGGUCAGCACCGAGAACCAGGUCGUCUGUAAGCAGACCCAGCACCUGAUGUCGAGGCCCAUGGACAAGUUUGAUCGUAUCCAAGCCCCUGGUGGUGGUCGUGUUGGAGACCAUGCAGGUCCUCCAGCGGAGGAAGGGGCUCUCGACCCGUUCUUCCAGCAGCAGGUUCCCUUCGUGGCCCACACGGGGGUCGCGCCGAUCCUCGGUGUCCAGGGCAACGCGCAGUUCAAGGGUAUGAAGGAAGGUUACCCGAGGGAUGGUAUUCCGUACGUGACUUUGUGGGAGUCGGUCGCCAAGCUUAAGAGCUUGGAUCAGUGGAGGAAGAAGUUGGUUUCUCUUGGUUCCGAGAACGAGGCCGUCCAGGACCUGGAUAAGGGCGGCAUCGGGACCUACCUCUUUCGCUUGCUGACGGCAGACGGCGAGAUCGCCGGUGAUGCUCUACAGCCAGCCCCGUCGGCCGCCUGA